AUGAGCCACGAGGAAGUUCACGACGAGUUUAUCGCGGAGGAUGUCACUCCGAAUAGACCAGAUGAGACGCGGGGGGAGAACGGUGCUCCCAGACGCAUGCUGGUGCGUGAGCAUAGGAAGAUAGGGCGUGGUGCUUUUGGUACAGUGGUCCAGGCUUAUUUGACUCAGGACGAGCAAACAUGGUACGGCCCAUUUGCUAUCAAGAAGGUACCUGCACAAACAGAGUACAAAUCCCGUGAGUUGCAGAUUCUUAGGUUGACUGACCACCCAAACAUCGUUAAAUUGGAAUACUUUUUUACACAUACUUCUCCAAAGGACAACAAGGUAUAUCAGCAUCUAGCCAUGGAAUGCUUACCAGAGACUUUGCAAAUAGAAAUAAAUCGAUAUACUUCUAACAACUUACAGUUGGCCAUCAAACAUGUCAAGUUAUACAGUUACCAGAUCGCUAGAGGUAUGUUAUACUUGCAUGCAUUGGGUAUAUGUCACCGUGAUAUUAAACCAUCCAAUAUCCUAGUUGAUCCGAAGACGGGCGUUCUAAAGAUAUGUGAUUUCGGCUCCGCAAAGAGACUUGAACCGAACCAGCCAUCUAUCAGCUAUAUUUGCUCUAGAUUUUACAGAGCUCCAGAACUUAUCCUGGGUUCCACACAAUAUACCACCCAGGUUGAUAUUUGGGGUCUGGGAUGUGUCAUCGGUGAAAUGCUAAUCGGUAGAGCCAUCUUCCAAGGCCAGGAUCCACUUCUACAGUUACGGGAGAUAGCAAAGCUACUAGGACCACCAGAUAAAAAGUUUAUUUUUUUCUCCAACCCACGUUACACAGGCCCAUUAUACUCGACACCUUUGUUCAAUGGUACCUCUUUGGAGAGAUUUCAAAAAUACUUCGGUCAUGCAGGACCGGACGGUAUUGAUUUGCUGAUGAAGGUAUUGAAAUAUGAACCAGAGCUAAGAUUUUCCCCAAGAAGGAUUAUGGCUCAUCCAUUUUUCGAUGACUUGAGAAACGAGAAAUACUUUUUCCCAAGAGAGCAGACACAACCAGUGUUGUUGCCGGAGUUAUUUAAUUUCAACGAGUUUGAAUUGCAAGUGAUAGGUGAACUAUUGCAACAAAUUAAACCACAUUCUGAGGAGCAUUGA